AAUGCAAACUGUCUUUUGCCCUAGCGAAUGUUAUAAUGGUCAUGCUAUCACUAAUAAAUGCCAGUGUAAAGAUGGAUGGAUGGGAGAAUGCUGCAACAAAGAUGUCAAUGAAUGUUUACAAAAUAACAAACUUUGCAACCCAAAUGUUUGUAUAAAUACAGUUGGAAGCUAUAAAUGUUCCUGUCAUGCGGGAUACGAAGAAGAGGAUGGAGCUUGUACAGAUAUUGACGAAUGUUCAGGGAACGUAUGCGAUCAAAUCUGUACAAAUACUGAAGGAAGUUACAAAUGCUCAUGUCGUGAAGGUUAUCUUUUGAGUGAUGAUAAUAGAAAAUGUAUUAUUGGUAACAUGUGUAAAAAUAGUAACCACAACUGCGAUCAUAUUUGCGUCAGUAAGCCUGACGGUAGCUAUUCUUGUAAAUGUAAAUUGGGAUAUUACGAACAAAAUAAUUCUACAAAAUGCUUAGAUAUCGACGAAUGUUUGUUAUCUUUACAUAAUUGUAAUCAGCUAUGCAUAAAUACUCCUGGAUCGUAUAAAUGCAGUUGUAAAUCUGGCUUUAAAACGAACAAUAAUGGUUUAAAUUGCAGUGAUAUUGAUGAAUGUGCUGAUAUUUCCAUACACUGCGACUAUCAGUGUAAAAAUACACCUGGUUCUUUUGAAUGUUUAUGUCCAUCUGGCUUUAAACUUUUAUCAGAUAAGCGAACUUGUCAAGAAUUACCAGUAACAGAGAAAACUGAAAAAAAGACAUCAGAUUCUAAACUAUCUACUGGUUAUAUGAUAUUGAUAACUGGUGUUACUAUUUUAAUAGCUAUUUCAGUUGGAAUUGGGAUUGUCUUUAUCAAGAAAAGAAUAGCAAAAAGAUCGAGCAUAGGAGCUAUACCAUCACUACCACACUCUCUUUCGGAAGAUUUGGGAGCAGCAACGUCUGGUCUCAAUUUUGAAUUUAAUAGAAAGCUACAAAUUGUACAAAACAUUUAUCAUGUUAGUUAA